AUGCCCAAAGUCGAGGUCGAGAGUCGCCGCAUGCCUUAUUCAGAUACCAAAGAGGCGAGAGAGCGUUACAAAAUGGUUAUGCCAAAAAUUUGUGCUGCCAGCGCAGUCCUGGCGGCCGUCGUCAACGCAGUCCCUACCGUCAGCGAUGCACAUGUGGCAAAGCACGCCAAUCAUAAAAACCAUUACGCAAACAACAUUGCGCUCGCUGCCUUUGCCCUUCAGAGAUUUUGGUAUAACCAGAGUACCGGCCUUUGGGAUAAUGCGUGGUGGAACAGCGGCAACGCGCUGACAACGCUGGCCGACUGGGCUAAGCUUCGCCCUAUUGAGGCCGAGAGACUCGAAAUUUCCGACGUGAUCCACAAUACAUGGUCUCGGGCGCAGAAUGUCAAUGUCUUUACAAUAAAGACCGUCAUGAGCAACGGCAUAAUGAAGACUGAGGACUGCAUCAAUGGCGAGGGCCCUGCUUGCGCUGCUGCUGCUGCUGCUGCUGCCACGGGCGGCGGCGUCCAGCCCCAAGCUUUCCGUAACUUUCUCAACGACUUUUAUGACGACGAAGGCUGGUGGGCGCUCGGUCUCAUCCACGCCUAUGAUUACACCCAUAAGCAAGAGUACCUCGACUCUGCUGUGCGCAUCUUUAGUGACAUGCAGGGUGGCGGCAAUACCAACUGCAACGGUGGCAUUUACUGGAGCAAGAAGAGAAAUUAUGUCAACGCGAUUGCGAAUGAGUUGUAUCUCUCCGUGGCCGCAUCGCUCGCUAAUCGCAUUCCCAAUGACAAAGGCAAGUACACAAGCAUCGCAGAGAGCCAGUGGCAGUGGUUCGCCAACAGUGGCAUGAUCAAUGGCGACAACUUGAUCAACGAUGGCCUAAACGAUCAGUGCAUCAACAACGGCCAGACGACUUGGACGUACAACCAAGGCGUCGUUCUGGGGGGGUUGGUGGAGUUGUACAAGGCCACUGGCAACCGUGACUAUCUCGACCGUGCCAACGACCUUGCGUCUGUGUCUAUGAAGAAGCUAGUCGACGGCAAUGGGAUCCUCGUGGAGGGAUGCGAGAAUGACCGAGGUCACUGCGGCGGUGAUGGCGCCCAAUUCAAGGGCGUCUUUGCCCGCAACCUGCGUUACCUCGACGAAAUCUCGCCCAGCAACGACAUAAAAUACUUCCUCGCGCGCAAUGCCGACUCCAUCUGGGCUAAAGAUCGCGAUGAAAAUAAUAACAAGCUUGGUGUUGCGUGGGCUGGGCCGCUUUACAGUCCCAUCGGCAAUGCGCACAGCAGCGCGAUGGACGCACUGGUGGGAGCGGUAGCUGCGAUAUGA